AUGUCAAGCGACUCUGCCCACCUCGCAAGGAAGAUGGACACGUAUCGAGAGGCGUCACUUGGGGUCGGUGUGGCGUCCGUCCGUUUGUAUUCCUUGCUCGCUAUGAUGAGCCAUCAUCAUACGAUACGACACAGCGCUAGAGAAAAGGCGUACGGUGAUAUUAUUGUCAGCUCGUUAGCAUCCAAAGAGCACCUUUGCGCCGUUAACUUCCACUCGGGUGGACUUUGGCAGAUAUUCUCCCGUUCCGGACAGUUCGUCGGAUUCUUUCCAAACGGAUUCGAAGAUGAUGAUUGGCGUUACCGCAAAAGGCGAUUGUCACCCGUGUAUUCCUUCCGUGGCGAUUUAUACCUUGCUUGUGGGGCAUAUGAUGAUCCGAGUGCGAGUGCAGAGGCGGCGCGUGACUGCAAGGUCUGA